ACUCAUCGCCACUGCUUGUCCAGACUACAGACUUCACCUGCAUUCUCCGCACAGAGCAACCCGCCUGAUCCUUUCAACGCACUCAACCAGAGACUUCUCGUUACCAUCCAACAACUUCAGACGAGCAUUUUUUUCUGAGAUUCUCUUCGGACUGUAGGCUAUAGAGGAGAGCCGGGGUUUUCUUUAAGGAUGCAAUCGGUUAUCUACCUUUUCGUUGCCUUCGUAGCAGUCGAUGUGUUUCUUCCAGGGAGCUGUGUGCAGACAAUUAUAGGCCUGUAUGGUGAGACCAUCGAAGUGCCUUGCAACAAUGGAAAUAUCAAGCCAGAAGGCAUUAUUUUCACCAAAUGGAAAUAUGUGAAAGAUGAUGGCUCUUCCGGCGAUCUACUCGUGAAACAGGCUGGGAAAGAGCAGGAGACCGUGUCCGCCACGGACGACUACAAAAGUAGAGUUAGCAUCUCCGCUAACUCCAGCCUGCUGAUCUCUCAGGGCUCUCUGACCGACCAGAGAGUCUUCACAUGCAUAGUGGUGUCUUUAACCAACCUGGUCGAAUACCCUGUGGAAGUCAAAGUUUACAAAAAACCAUCAACCCCUGUAAUCAAAAACAAAGCGAAAGAGCUGGAAAACGGAAAGCUGACACGGUUGGGGGAAUGUGUGGUGGAGAGUGCCAACCCAGCGGCAGAUCUCACCUGGAUGAAGAACAACCAGUCUCUGGUGGAUGACGGCAAGACGGUCAUUAUAAGAUCUACUGUCACCAAGGACCCAAUCACUGGUCUGUCCAGCUCCUCUUCCAGUCUGGAGUACAUGGCCAGGAAAGAGGAUGUGACAUCACAGUUCACCUGCACAGCAAAGCACAAGAUAGGCCUUAACCAGGUUUCGGCACCAGAGACCUUCCCAAUUCACUACCCCACUGAGAAGGUGAGUCUACAGGUUGUUUCUCAGAGCCCCAUUAGGGAAGGUGAUGAUGUGACACUGAAAUGCCAGGCGGAUGGAAACCCUCCUCCCACUAGCUUCAACUUCAACAUUAAGGGCAAGAAGGUCACAGUGACAGACAAGAAUAUGUACACUCUGACUGGCGUUACCCGAGACGACAGUGGCGUGUACAAGUGCUCCCUGCUUGACAAUGAUGUAAUGGAGUCCACUCAGAUCGUCACAGUGAGCUUUCUGGAUGUAAGCCUCACUCCUACAGGCAAGGUGUUAAAGAAGUUUGGGGAAAACUUGGUGGUGUCGUUGGAAAAGAAUGCCUCUAAUGAAGCAACUGUGACAUGGAUUAAGGACAACCGUAAAUUAGACAAACUGCCCGACUUCUCUCAGUUGACAUAUAGUGACGCAGGCCUGUAUGUGUGCAACGUGUCCAUUGAAGGAAUCAGACACAGUUUGUCCUUCGAGCUUACUGUUGAAGGUGUUCCUAAAAUUACAAGUCUGACAAAACAUCGCAGCUACGACGGCAAACACAAAGUGUUGACGUGUGAGGCAGAGGGUUCACCUAAACCUGACGUGCAGUGGAGUGUCAACGGAACUAACGAUGAAAUGUCAUAUGUCAACGGGAAGGCAACAUUCAAACUGACCGUGGUGCCCAGCAAGAACCUCACCGUCAACUGUCUCGUGACCAAUAAACUCGGAUACGACACGGAAGACAUCAGCGUGUUUUCCCUAUUUGAGGAGGACAAGGCCAAACCAGAAAAAAAUGAAGAUGGUGCGGAGCAGGCCAAAGUGAUAGUGGGUGUUGUGGUUGGACUCCUCCUAGCCGCUGCUCUGGUGGGACUCAUCUACUGCCUCUAUAUCAAGAAAACAAGACAAGGCAGCUGGAAGACCGGAGAGAAGGAGGCAGGCACUUCAGAGGAGAGUAAGAAACUGGAGGAGAACAAUCAUAAAGCGGAUGUCUAAAAGAAGGGAGAGGCGUCAAAAGGAACGAAGAAGGUAUGAACCAGGAAAGAGGCCUUGUCACACUGAAUGUGCAGUACUACACACUUCAAUCAUCUAAUUCCAGACAUCUGAUUGGACGACGACGUCUCCUUCAGGCUGCUCGUGUGCGUCAUGCAUCGCAGAACAUUUCCUACUCUAAACGAACGGUUUCCUAAAAAAAAAAAAAAAGAAAGAAAAGAAAAUCCCCCACAACGAUCCAAGAGAGUAAAAGAGAAACCCCUUGUGUUGUAAAUUUAGUCUGCACUGAGGACUGCAUUUACUUUUGAUCGAUUCUGACGUUUUCUUUUUGUGUUCCCAGUGAAUGUUCUCGUUUCAUGCGCAUUGCUGAUGUGGUGGGCACUGCUGUUUUGCUCCCCCUAUAGUAAAAAAAAAAAAUGAAAUUGUAAAUUCGCUGUACACUUUUUAGGUCUGUGUAAAUAAGUCGGGGGGGGGUUACGUUCACUCUG